GGGGAAGGGUCAGCGCCAAGGGGCGGGGCGGAGCAAUCAAGCAGCGAAACCGGGUGCGCAAAGGCCUCCGGGAAGCCGGAAGUGAAGCUCGCCGCCAGUUUCUCCCCUCCUCCACGUCCAAAGCUUUCUCUGACUGCUCUCAGUAGCCGAUUGCGGGACUCCCUCCAGACCGCGCCUGCAGCCUCGAGACGAGGCCGGGAAAGCUGGAGGAGCUUCAGGGGGGACUCACUGGGGCUGCUUUGCUGCCUCCACAGGGAGCCUGGAGUGCCCGGGAUGGCCUUGGAGAGGGACAGACUCGCAGCCCAGGAAGCUGUGAUGUUCCAGGAUGUGGCUGUGGACUUCACGCGUGAGGAGUGGCGCCUCCUGUCCCCUCCCCAGAAGGAGCUGUACAAGGAGGUGAUGCUGGAGAAUGCCCGGAACCUGCUCUUUGUGGGGCUUCCAGCUCCCCCACAAGAAGUGAUCUCUUAUUUGGAGCAGAGGGAAGUCCAGUGCAUGCUGAAGCCAGAAGGCCUACAGAGCCGCUGCCCAGAAGGAGAGAUUAGACCUGAAAUGAAGGCAAAUUCAACAGAGGCUAACUAUCCUGUGGAAGAAAUGGACUUACAAAGAUUCAUGCAUAGAAGUCCUGAUAACUUUGCUUCUAGGGAAUUCUGUGUUGCCCAUCAAAAUUCAUCUCAUAUUGAAAAUCAAAGAAUGCAACCUAAGGAAAAAUCUAGUGAAAAUAAUCAGUGUCGAAAGACUUUUAUACAUAGAUCCAGUAUUGCUGGACAUGACAGAAUGCAUACUAGCAAGGAAUCUUAUGAAUGCAAGCAAUAUGGAAAUGCAUUCAGUGAGAGCUCCAAUGUUGCUGGACAUCAGAGAAUCUACAAUGGGGAGACACCUUAUGAAUGUAAACAAUGUGGGAAGACAUUCAAUCGGAGGUCCCAUCUUGCUACACAUCAGAGAAUGCACACUGGGGAGAAACCUUAUGAAUGUAAGCAGUGUGAAAAGAUAUUUGCUUCUGCCUCCAGUCUUGUUACACACCUGAGAAUCCAUUCUGGGGAGAAACCCUAUGAAUGCAAGCAGUGUGGAAGGACUUUCACCUGUAAUUCCAAUCUUUCUAGACAUCAGAGAAUGCACACUGGGGAGAAACCUUAUGAAUGCAAAGAGUGUGGAAAGACAUUCACUUGCACCUCCAGUCUUAUUGUACAUCAGAGAAUGCACACUGGGGAGAAACCUUAUGAAUGCAAUCAGUGUGGAAAGACAUUCACUCGCAUCUCCAGUCUUUCUGUACAUCAGAGAGUGCACACUGGGGAGAAACCUUAUGAAUGCAAUCAGUGUGGAAAGACAUUUAAUCAGAUGUCUCAUCUUGCUGUACAUCAGAGACUACACACUGGGGAGAGGCCUUAUGAAUGCAAGGAAUGUGGAAAGACGUUCACUCAGAGGUCCCAUCUUGUUGUACAUCAGAGAAUAAACACUAGGGAGAAACCUUAUGAAUGCAAUCAGUGUGGAAUGACUUUCAUGUGCACCUCCAGUCUUGAUGUACAUCAGAGAAUCCACACUGGACCAAAAUCUUAUGAAUGUAACCAAUGUGGAAAGAUAUUCCCUCGCACCUCCAAACUUGUUGUACAUCAGAGAAUCCACACCGGGGAGAAACCUUAUAAAUGCAAGCAAUGUGGAAAGGCAUUCAAUCAGAGGACCUCUCUUGUUACACAUCAGAGAACCCACCGGGGAGAAGUCUUGUGACUGCCAGUAGUGUGGGAAGACAUUUAGUUGUGGCUUCAAUCAUGCUAUAUGUGAAAACCACACUAGUGAGAAAAUUCAAAAAUGAAAACUGUGUGGAAAGGUGUUCAUAUUCAGCUCCAGUCUUGUGGAGGAACUUUUCGUCCAUUUUGGGAGAGCAUUGUGGAAUUAGAAAUAUGCUACCCUAAAAAUUGAUUCCCAACAUACCAUUUAUCCUGUUCUUACAUGUUGGCAUAGACAGGAUAUAAUUUUGUUGGAGCCUUGCCUCUCACACUUCUCUACCUGUCAGAGUAGCUGAGAACAUGGGGAUCUUUGAGCAGCUAGAAAAACUCAAGUCAUGUUCUAUUUUUAAACUAACUGAAUAUUUUGUGUUAAUCCAAAUCUCAUGUCUUUUAAAAUAAUCAACAAACAGUAUAUAUAUCAGGAUACAGCACUGAAUUGAAGAGUACUUUUCUAAAAUUUCAAUAUCUGUUGUUAUAGAGCUUUAUUUACUAUUCAGAAAAGAAUGAAUUGACACAGCAAUGGUGUCUGCAGAACUCCAAAUUCAACUCCAGACUCCAGCUUCCUUCACCUCCCUAGUGUCACCGUCCACCCACAUUCCAUAGGUCACAUCUCUGUGAUCUCCCAUAUUGAGGUAGAGUUCUGCACUGAGCAUAGUGUGAAUCAUAAAACUGCUCAGACUCUACUUCAGAGAUUUGAGUAAGCUAUUCCCCAUUUUUUACAAUAGAGGUACUUGGUCAGGAAUGUAUUGAGAACUUUAAAAUUACUCCACCCUGCUCAGACAGUGCCUUAGGGGAAGAUAAAGUUGCAAAUUCUUGAUUGAACAAUGAAAAGUCCCCAACUCAUAGUGUAGCAAAAACCCCAAGUUAGGUGGUCUAUUUUUAGAUCUAAUACAAAAGGGUGCUAAGUACCCAUUAAAGCUUAAUCACUGAUAGGUCAAGCAACUUACAAAAGGCAAGCUUAACAAAAGAUGUGUGAUGGUUUAGUUUACCCAGAGAAGGUGAGAACUAAAGAGUGGUGAUAACUAAGACUGGGCAGACCUGGGAAAAAGCGUCUACUUUGAUUGGUAGAUGUGAAAAUUUGGGGGAGGUGAUACAAGGGAAAAUUUUUUAAAAGGAGAAUUCAGUUCAGUUUAGUAGUAGUUCAGUUUCUAAGUUGAAUUGGAGCUUUGAACUCAGUUCAGGAUUUUAGUGGAGGACUGGAGCUUGCUUGAGACUAUCUUGUGGUGAGUGAUAAAGACUGACUCACUUUUCCUUAAGUCUCAGGCCUAGGCCCUUUCUACUCUCUUCCCUUAAUUGCUUCAUUUGUAUUAAUUAAAAUCUCCAUAAAACCCAGCUCUCGUGGGUAUUUUCAUAUUUGGGAAUUUUCCCAUGGUGACUACUUAAUUUUAAUAUAAAUCAAGACACUAAAAAUUAUCUUUAUAGUUUGACUGAAACCUUUACAGUUUUGGCAAUUCACAGUCUUGGAAACCCACAUUUUUGUGGUUAUAAUAGUGUGGAGGAAUCUCAUUUAGGCUGUGUUGUAGAGAGUGGGCAGGCCAAAAUGACAAGGCUGUCUAUGGAGAUGAAUUUCAGGAUAUUCUUGGUAAUUGGAAGCACCAGUGCUGCUAGGAAUGAUAGUUAUUUGAGAUAAGUAAUUUAGUUGCCCUUCCAUAGAGUGGGCCAGGAAGCAAGAUGGCAGCAUAGCAAGCAGCAAAAGUUCAGACCUCAUGGAAGACCCUUCCUUAACCGAUACAGACUGAAUGCUCCUAGGGCACUGAAAUUCAAGCUGAAAAACAGGACAGAAGCGGGAAACCCUCCUUCUGGACUCAAAAGGUAUGCCCCCCAAUAGCCCGAAUCUGAGAAUAUUCAAGGCUAAGGGGAAAGUAGAGGGUAGGUCCCAGGACCCCUCCCUCACAACCCAAAGGGCUGAGCCCCCAGCAGCAGCAGGAAGCUCUGAGCGGGCAAAGGUGCUGAUUUGGAGGGUCUACCUUGUUAGCAGUGGGGAGCCGGGCUCGGAGCAUCCAGCUUCCACAGCGGGGUGGAAGCCAGGGAGAGACAGGGCCUUGGCUGGGUCCCUCCAUCGGGCUCCAGUCUCACCGUUGCCUCGGGGCACAUCCAGACCAAUCCAGUUCAACCUAAACCCAUUAGAACUCCUCAGAGUUUAGGGAGGCGGGCAAAGGCACUUGCGGAUAGCUGAGAAGCAGCUGGAGAGAACUGGAGAGAACCUGGGUGACCCAGCCUUCCAGGAGUCUUCAGAGCCUCAGAGCUUCAUACCACAUACAGCCCAACGCAAUUGAACUCAAUCCAAUCAAAUGCCUCCAGAGGACAGGGAAGCUAACUUUCCUCCCCUAGAGACUGUACCAAGAGAUCCGACAAAGCUCCAAGAGGGGAGACUGACAGCCCCAAAACCAAAACAAAAUGAGAGGAGCAAGAGCACAGCCAAAUACGGGGAGCAAAGAAAGAAAUUACAAUAGACAGCUUCUGCACAGGUAAUGAGCAAAGAGCGAAUGAAACAGAGGGGGAGGGAUCAGCAAAGGAAAAAUCAGAAAUCCCAGCGAAUUGGAUACAGGCUUUGGAAGAACUCAAAAUGCAAUUCAAAACACAAUUAAGAGGCUGAAGACAAUUGGGAAAAGAAUUUUAAAACUAAGAUAAGUCAUCUGGAAACAGAAAAUAGUGUCUUGAAAGCCAAAAUCAACCAGCUGGAAAAUGAGGCAAAGGAGAUGAAAGAUGAGGCAAAGCAGAUGAAAGAUGAGGUGAAGAAGAUGAAAGAUGACCUCCAAAGAAAGUCCAACCAAAAGGAAAGGGACGACCAAAUAACUAAAGAUGAAAUCCAGUCUUUAAGAACCAGAAUACAACAACUAGAAUCAAGUGACGUCACAAGGCAUCAGGACACUGAAACAAAACCAAAAGAAUGAAAAAAUUGAGGAAAAUAAUGAAGCAUCUGAUUCACAAAACAGAGGAUUUAGAAAAUCGUUCAAGGAGAGACAAUUUAAGAAUUAUUGGCCUACCAGAAGACCAUGACAAAAGAAAAAGCCUGGACAUUAUAUUACAGUAAAUUAUUAAAGAAAACUGCCCCCAAAAUCCUUGAACAAGAGGGAAAAGUGGAGAUUGAUAGAAUCCACAGAUCACCUCCUAUACUUAAUCCCCAACUGACAACACCCAGGAAUGUUAUAGCCAAAUUCAAGAACUAUCAGACCAAAGAAAAGAUAUUACAAGCUGCCAAGAAGAAGUCAUUCAGAUACCAAGGAACCACAGUGAGGAUAACUCAGGAUCUGGCUGCAUCCACACUGAAAAAAAGCAAGGCAUGGAAUAUGAUAUUCCGGAAAGCAAGGGAACUAGGUCUACAACCAAGAAUCAACUACCCAGCAAAACUGAUUACAUUCUUACAGGAGAAAGUAUGGUCAUUCAACAAAAUAGAAGAAUUUCAAGAAUUCGUAAAGAAAAGACCAGACCUGAACAGAAAAUUUGAUGUCCAAGCACAGAACUCAAGAGAAUCAGCAAAAGGUAAUUAAAAAAGAGGGAGAAAAAGAAAAAAAAA